AUGAACAUUUUACGGUUUUACCUGCUGAAUAUUAGUGUAGUAUUGCUCGAAGCAUCUUUUCUUGCUACUGGUUUGCUUCACGAAAAAGACAAUUGCCCAUCGUCAAACCAAAUCGAUUCCGCUCAAGUGGACAGAGACAGCGACCUAGUGACAAAGAAUGAGCCGUCAUCAAUUGAAGCAGAUCAUUCAAACAGCAAGCCCAAAAUCAUCCUGUUUUGGAACACAUUUCACAAUCAAACUGACAUGAUGUUCGGCUUCGGUCAACAGCCGUUCAUUGAUGCCGGAUGUCAAAUCACGAACUGCCUCACCACCGACGACAGAAGUCUAUUCAGCCAAAGUGACGGAGUUGUCAUUCACGCAGGCGAUUACGAAGAACGUGACCUGCCAACUGACCGUUCUCCUGAUCAAACAUUCAUUUUCCUAAAUCAAGACCCACUUGCCAAUGAAUCCCGUUUACCGUGUUUUUCUCAUCCGCAUUUCUACAACUGGACCAUGACCCAUCGGCGGGAUUCAGACGUUUACUUCGGCACGCCGUACGCUGCGAUAAGGCGUCGAGAGAACACGGAGAUCAGCAAUCUAAUCUCAUCAAGACAACACUGUUUUCAAUUAGCCAAUAGAAAAAAGCUGAUCGUUUGGUUUAACUCGCGUUGUUCGACGCAGAGUCAACGUGAACAUUACGUCAAACAAUUGGCCGAAUUUAUUCCGGUGGACAUUUACGGCAAAUGUGGCGCGCUCGAGUGUUUGCCACGAAACGAUCCCCACUGCGAGACACGCCUACUGGCCCAUUACAAAUUUUAUUUAGCGGCCGAAGAUUCUCUCUGCCCUGACUACAUCACAGAACAUUUUUACCACGCACUAAUGAACAACAUUGUCCCUGUAGUUUACGGUGGAGCUGAUUACACUCAAUUUGCUCCGCUGAAUUCGUACAUCAACGUUGCCGAUUUCAAAUCGGCCAAGGACUUGGCCGAGUAUCUAAUGUUGUUGCAUAACAACGACGCUCUGUAUAGAAAACAUUUUGAUUGGAAACAAGAUUACGAGUUGAUACGGAAACCAUCGAACGGUUGGUGCAAUUUGUGUCAGAAAUUAAACGAUCCAGCGAGGGUGAGGAAAAGCUACCAAGAUUUGUUCCAGUGGUGGAAUGAACAAGUUCCUUGUUGGCCGGGAUCGUCCUAUUUAGCUACAAUUCAAUCCUAGAGUGAAAUGUAUCUCGUACGAUGACAUGUAUAAUUAUUUCAUGAACGUUUGAUUGUCAAUACAUUUUCAUUCGAUGCG